AUUUAUUCCAUUUUUGGGUGUUUCAACAAGUCAAAAAUCGGAGAUGAACCUAGAUUUCACGCUUCUUCUUCAAUUAAUCCGUCUACUUCUAGGGUUCAUCAAAAGUCCUGAUUCAUCCGAAUUGUUAGUUUGAUCAAUAAGAGCUUGCUAAUAUAAAGAAUGGGGCACAGUUCGAAGAAGAAGAAGCGAGGCGGUGGUAGUGGGCGGCGGAACAAGGGCAGGGCUCCGUUGAAGGAUCACAGUUUUUACGGCGGCAGCGGUGGCGAUGACAAUAUUCUGUCUGAGGAAAUGACCGCAUUGUGUGCGAUAUUUCAAGAUGAUUGCAAAGUUGUUUCAGACUCACCACCUCUAAUUAACAUCAAGCUCAGGCCAUACUCAAAGGAUGCAGGCUAUGAGGAUUUAGAUGUUUCUGCCCUUCUUUCUGUGAGGUUUUUACCUGGCUAUCCAUACAAGUGCCCUAAGCUGCAGAUAGCUCCGGAGAAAGGUUUGUCAAAAGCUGAUGCUGAUAACCUUCUAUCUUUGCUAAAUUACCAGGCUAAUUCUAAUGCUCGUGAAGGACGUGUUAUGAUUUACAAUUUGGUGGAGGCUGCUCAAGAGUUCUUGUCUGAAAUUGUUCCAGUGGGACGGCAACAUGAAUCUGUUACAUGCCAGGAAACAAAUAAUAGCAGUCGAUUUUCUGUGAAGGAUGCAACAGUUUCAUGUAACAAGACUUGUUCUCCGAGGGGACCUUUUGUUUACGGUUUCAUAGAUCUUUUCAGUGGCUCUGGUGAGUCAUGGCAUUGGGGUCUUGAAAUGGAGGAGAACCAUGGGAUAAAUUCUUCAGUACAUUCCCAUAAACUAGAUCGAUCUAAACAUGGAUACAAGGCGCUAGAGAAGAAAAUUGACCAGAAUGUGAAGCCAUCUGUGAUUCAGGAGACGAAACAAAUUUCUUUACGCGCUUCCUCUGUAAAAUUGGAUACUUUUGAUGAAGAGGGUGAAGAUGAUUGUAAGAACUUAUCUGCUAGUGAUUUGAGUAGAUCGCUAUCAGGGGAAUCGGUUGGAAAUGCUACCAUUGAUGAGGCAAAGGAUUUUUUUGUAAAGCAUUAUGAAGAAACUGAUGAUGGUGAUUCAGAUAGCGAGCCUUCAGAAUCUGUAUCUUCUGGUUCUAUGAUUACUGAUCAGUUAUCUCACACUAAGGAGAGAGAUUUGAUUAUGGCUCACCUCCUUCGCCUUGCUUGCUCUUCCAAGGGACAAAUAGCUGAUGCUUUGCCAGAAAUAACAACUGAGCUAUACAAUAUGGGAAUCAUUUCCAAACGGGUGCAGGAUUUAGCUACUAAACCAUCUUCACUCUUUGACCAAACUUUUGAUCAUGUUUUCAAACGGCAAAUGAUUUCAUCCAAAAUCUCUCUGUUCUGGAAAUUUACUUCUGAUUAUGGAGGCCAGAAUACUUCAUCUAUUCCAACUUCUCGCUAUCUCAACGACUUUGAGGAGCUCCAGUCCCUUGGCCGUGGUGGAUUUGGUCAUGUUGUAUUGUGCAAAAAUAAGCUAGAUGGAAGGCAAUAUGCUGUUAAGAAGAUUCUCUUGAAGGACAAAAGCCCACCGGUGGAUGACCGCAUACUACGAGAGGUUGCCACGCUUUCCCGGUUGCAGCAUCAGCAUGUUGUGCGUUACUAUCAGGCAUGGUAUGAAACAGGAUUUGCUGGUUGCUAUGCUGAUGCCACAUGGGGCUCAAGUGCUCCAUUGAGCUCCAGUUUUAGUGACAAGGCUGCAAGUUCUGCAGAUAAUGAGAAUAAGCUUGAAUCGAAGUACCUUUAUAUUCAAAUGGAAUAUUGCCCAAGGACACUGAGGCAGAAGUUUGAAUCAUAUAAUCAUUUCGAUAAGGACAAUGCAUGGCAUUUGUUUCGCCAAAUUGUAGAAGGCCUGGCAAACAUACAUGGACAGGGAAUCAUCCAUCGUGACUUGACUCCUAAUAAUAUCUUCUUUGAUGCUCGCAAUGAUAUUAAAAUUGGGGAUUUUGGUCUUGCCAAGUUUUUGAAGCGAGAGCAGCUGGACCAGGAUCCAGAUCCUACAGAAACAACUGGAGUGUCUGCGGAUGGUACUGGCCUAGUUGGUACAUAUUUUUAUACUGCACCUGAAAUUGAGCAAGGGUGGCCAAAGAUUGAUGAAAAGGCUGACAUGUACAGCUUAGGGGUUGUUUUCUUUGAGCUUUGGCACCCUUUUGGAACUGCUAUGGAGAGGCAUGUUGUUCUGUCUGAUCUUAAACAGAAGGGAGAACUUCCUGCUGCUUGGGUUGCUGAAUUUCCAGAUCAGGCGUCCUUGUUAAGGCGGCUGAUGUCCCCAAGUCCUUCAGAUCGUCCAUCGGCAACAGAACUACUCCAACAUUCUUUUCCUCCACGAAUGGAAUAUGAGUUGUUAGACAAUAUUUUACGAACAAUGCAUACGUCAGAAGACACUAGUGUUUAUGAUAAAGUUGUGAAUGCUAUAUUUGAUGAGGAAAUGUUAAGCACUAAAGGCCACCUUGAGGAUGUUGGAGGGUUAGGUUUGGCUAGAAAUGAUACAUCAUCAAUCCUUUACACAGAUUUAGACACUGAAGUCCGGGACCAGGUUGCCGAGAUUGCAAUGGAAGUGUUCAGGCAGCAUUGUGCAAAGCAUUUGGAAUUACUACCCAUGAAGUUAUUGGGAAAUUGUCAGCAGCUUAAUAGGAGAGCUGUUAAACUUUUGACCCAUGGGGGAGACAAGAUUGAGCUUUGCCAUGAGCUGCGGUUGCCCUUUGUGAAUUGGGUUAUUGCAAAUCAGAAAUCGUCUUUCAAACGAUAUGAAAUAUCAUAUGUUUAUCGAAGAGCAAUUGGUCAUUCACCACCAAAUCGUUAUCUUCAGGGAGAUUUUGAUAUUAUUGGAGGUGCAUCAGCGUUGACAGAGGCAGAAGUCAUCAAGUCAACGAUGGACAUCAUGAAUCACUUUUUUAAUUCAGAAUCAUGUGACAUACAUCUAAAUCAUGGAGAUUUAUUGGAUGCAAUUUGGAAUUGGAUAGGAAUAAAGGUGGAGCAUAGGCAGAAAGUAGCGGAGCUUCUUUUUCUGUUGGGAUCUUUGCGUCCUCAGUCUUCUGAAAGAAAGUCCAAAUGGGUGCUAAUAAGACGGCAACUUCAACAGGAAAUCAAUCUUGCGGAAGCAGCUGUAAAUAGGUUGCAGACGGUAGGAUUGAGAUUCUGUGGAGUUGCAGAUGAGGCCCUUCCUAGAUUGCGAGGUGCCCUUCUUGCUGACAAACUUGCACACAAGGCACUUGAUGAAUUGUCAGAGCUCUUCAGCUAUUUAAGAGUUUGGAGGAUUGAGAAACAUGUGUUCAUAGAUGCCCUUAUGCCACCAACUGAGAGUUACCACAGAGAUUUGUUUUUUCAGAUAUAUUUAAGGAAGGAGAACAAUCCUGCCUCACUCAUGGAAGGAACAUUGCUUGCUGUUGGUGGUCGGUAUGACUAUCUGCUUCAUCAAAUGUCGGCUUGUGACUAUAAUUCAAAUCUUCCCGGUGCAGUAGGGGUUAGCAUUGCUCUAGAGACAAUAAUUCAGCAUUCUUCUGUAGAUAUCAGACCUUUUAGAUAUGAUGUCAGCAUUAGUGUACUAAUUUGUUCUAGGGGAGGUGGUGGUUUACUGAAAGAGCGCAUGGAACUAGUUGCUGAGCUGUGGGGGGAGAAUAUCAAGGCUGAGUUUGUCCCCAUGCCUGAUCCAAGCCUAACAGAACAGUACGAAUAUGCAAAUGAGCAUGAUAUUAAAUGUCUUGUCAUCAUAACAGACACCGGUGUCUCUCAGAAAGGUUCAGUCAAGGUUCGUCAUCUUGAGCUGAAGAAGGAGAGGGAAGUUGACACAGAAAACCUUGUUAAGUUUCUAUUAGAGGCGAUAGAGACACAAUUUAGAAAUCCAGCGAUUUGGAACUAGGCCAGUUACUUUGAAGCAUUGUUUCUCAGUGCAGGGAAGGCCUUUUGAUUCACUUUGGACCACAUUCCAACCCUUACGCACAUCCCUAGCCUUCGCAAAGCCUUUUCAGUCAACUUUAAACCUGUAUCGGCAUGUACUCUGUUGAUAUUUUGAUAAUCGAUCCAUUGGGUUGACUGAUUAUGGUCCCUUCAAAUGGCUCUCUUUUCCAAGCCUGCAACACUCAAGAUAUGGGCAUGCAUUUUUUAGAUAGGUGAAGAAAAUCGGACAACAAUUUUUUGGGCCUUAAUUUCUGUAUAGUUUUGCCUUUUUACUUCAUACGGUGUAAAUAUGCAUCAGAAUAGUUAAAUCUUCCUGUGGAGUACAAAAAUGGCCAGUACUUUGUCAAUUGGAGGGUUAUUAUUUUUGCUUCCAUUUUAGUACUGUACUUGUAUAUAACAAUUUGUUCGACCAAAAAUGUAAGAAUUUGCAUUUUAAUGUUAGUCGUUUUUGUUGUAAUCAGCAGGGCAUAUGAAGAUUAAGUGGAGAUGGCAAAAUAUUUCAGGAUAAUUUGUUGAGACAAUUCAGACUACUCUUUUAGAUGUUGAAAUAUUACCUUGUAAUUUUUUACCA